AUGGCGAUGCGGCCUCAAGCUGACGACCCUGGACGACUUCAAGACUUGGCAUCAAAGUUGACGAUGGACUGCCGAGUGGCUCGUUUAACAACUUACACUCCAAGCCAGUUCAAGACCAUCAAUCCACCGACACUCGUUCUCAUGAAGUUUAAACUUACUAUUCUCGGGCUGGCUGUCCUAGCCUUUGCAAAGCCUCAAACUCCUCCUGACCCUCCUCCAUCUUCUUCUGGACCACCAAAUGAUCCAGCUCCAGCUCCAGUCCCAGUCCCUACAACAACUCAGCCAGCUCCGCCUCCUCCUUCAACUCCAGCUCCUGCCAAUCCAAGCAAGCAGCCAACUCCUGAAGGACCAAUCUGCGAAUGCGGAUAUACCUACUGUGCUAAAGUCCUUAAGGCUAUGGAAAAGCCAUGGAGUGAUGGUCAACUAUCUACGGCGUACUGCAAGACUCCUAAUGCCGUUUGUAACGAGAUGACUCCGGCCAGCAAUGUCGAGAAUGCUUUAUUCAUCUGCCUAUGCGACGAACCUGAGCAAAAGGUUGGAGAUCAUCUUGAACUUCUCUGUGGCUGCGAUGCAUGUCUCAAUGUUGGACCAGACUUUAGAGGACGCUGCAAGAGCCCCUGCAAGGCUGGCCAUGCUAGUAGUGGAGGAUCAGGCGGUGGUGAUGGUAGAGAAGGCAAGAUCAGAGGUAGCAAUCGAUUGGGAUUUUGGUACUAG